AUGGUGGUGCUGAAGGGGCGGACGCGUUCAGGCUCGCUGGAUAUCUGGGUGCGGGGUCUGAUUCUCGGGGCGGUGGAGCAGCUGAUGGCGAGGGAUGGAACCGAAGUGCGCCCUGGCAACGCGGUGGCUGCAGGGAUCCAGGGCCCCCCGUGCAGCCUGGAAGACGAUGAGGUUUUCCUGGGCACCGAGGCCAGGCUCGGCACCACCCAAGCGGAUCCCUUCCGCCACUGCAGCGUGGAGGAACUUUACGAGCUUCUGGAGACGCUGGGCAGCGGGCACUUUGGGGUGGUCCGGCGUUGCCAGGAACGGAGCACCGGCGCUUUCUACGCGGCCAAAUCCAUCAAGGUGCGGAAGCGCAAGGGCAGCCGGCUGGGCCUGGACCGCGAGCAGGUGGAGCGCGAGGUCUGCAUCCUGCAGCAGCUUCAGCACCCCAACAUUAUGCGCCUCUACGACAUCUUUGCCAACCAGGCCGAGAUGGUGCUGAUCCUCGAGCUCAUCCAGGGCGGCGAACUCUUUGACUUCAUUGCGGAGAAGGAGCUGGUCUCGGAGGACGAAGCCAUUCAGUUCCUGCAGCAGAUCCUGCUCGGCUUGGCCUACAUGCACGCCCACCAUAUUGCCCACUUCGACCUCAAGCCGGAGAACAUCAUGCUGCUUGAGAAGGACACCCCCAGCCCCAAGAUCAAGAUCAUCGACUUCGGGCUGGCGCAGAAGCUGGAGGAGGGGGUGGCCUACAAAAGUCUCUGCGGGACCCCCCAGUACAUCGCUCCUGAAGUGAUCAACUACGAGGCCCUGAGCACAGCCACAGACAUGUGGAGCAUCGGGGUGAUUACCUACAUCUUGCUGAGCGGCAUGUCCCCAUUCCAGGGGGAGACGGAUGAGGAGACCCUCUCCAACGUGGUCUCCGGGAAUUACGAGUUCGAGGCCAAGUAUUUCAGCCAAACCUCGGAGAUGGCCAAGGACUUCAUCCAGAAACUGCUGCUGAAGGAGCCCAGGGACCGAAUGACGGCAGCUGAAUGUCUCCUUCAUCCCUGGAUCAAGCGCUGCUGCCUGUCGCCCUGCGGAGAGCUCGGUUCCCAAGCCCCCGGGGCGCCCCACGCAGAGCCGCUCCUCCUCCAGGAGGGUCUGGCACGCAGCGCAAAGGGGCUGAGCCGGCCUGCGGGGGGCGCGCUGUCCCUGCGCGGGGGCGGCUUCCAGCGCACUUCGGCGAGCAAGCGGCGGCGGGCGCUCCGGGUCGCGCUCCCUCCGGUGCCUGAAUCGUAG